AUGUCGGAAACAAAUAAUUAUACGUUGAGUGAAAAAGAAAAGGCUCUUGCAGGACUUCCAUACUUAUCUUGUACUGAAGAGCUUGUUAAUGACCGACUUGAAACUAGAGAAAUGCUUUAUGAAUUUAAUAAUUCUAAACCAGUUCGUCGUGAUACUGUUGAAUAUCGUGAGGGCAGGGAAAAAAUGAUUCGUCAAUUAUUUGGUAGUGUUGGUAAAGAUGUUGAAAUCGAACCGCCAUUCUAUUGUGAUUAU